GCUCCCGGAGAUGCUGCUGACUGCCCUGCACCUCCCUGCGUGAGCCAGCAGAGAAUGGAAGAGACCAGAAUCAUCUGGGCAAAGGACCCUUCACCAGGCACUGGGAUAUUGUCCCCCUGAAGAUGGGAGUUACAAAUGGCCUUGUGAACUGUACGUGUGGCUCAGACACCUGCACCGUCACACCCCUUGCACAGUAGUCCCAGGCUGCCACAGGAUAGGCAGACGCUGGCCACAGCAGCUCAUCCUGUUAACUCCCCUGUGAAAACAUUUGUGGAGGAGCUUUCCUUCUCCUCCUGUGAAUGCCAGCAGUGGGUGUCUGUGCCCCGUGUGCCGCCGCGGCGUUCCCUGCCCGCCGGUGGGGUGGGCAGCAGGCUGCGCAUCGCCCCCUUCCCCAGCGAGGCCGGCGGCAGCCGAGCACGGAGCCCUGCAGCUCUAUCCCCGGGGACAAAUGCCAGCUGCCAGACUCUUCUCUGGAGACCCAGGAGCAGCCUGCGAGGCACCAGCACUGACUGCUCCCACGGCAGCAGCGGGCGGUCCGGGACGCCUGUUGUCGCAGAUGUGACUCACGCUGGACAGGAGCGCUCCAGCUGCAGGGCACGGCAUGCAGCAGGGACAGGGGUGCUCUGCACUGACCCGGCAGCCUCACGCUGCUAGUGUGGACUUGCCUCCUACUCUUCCCUAAAGGAUGCUGGCUGCCCGUCCAGAAGCUCCUGCUCAUGCAGCCUUCUAGGGUGCCAUGGCGAAGGGUCUGCAGGGCUUCUUGUGGACCAUGCUGCUGCUGUUCUGCGCCAUCCAGGAGCUGGGGACCUGGGCCAUGCACACGGCGGUGGAGGGCCCUGGCCUCGGGGAGCCCGGGGAUCCUGCACUGCUGGCCGGCGGGCGAGUGAAGCGUGGCUGGGUCUGGAAUCAGUUCUUUGUGGUGGAGGAGUACACGGGCACCGAGCCGCUGUAUGUGGGGAAGAUCCACUCGGACUCAGAUGAGGGAGACGGCUCCAUCAAGUACACCAUCUCCGGGGAGGGCGCAGGGACCAUCUUCCUCAUCGAUGAGAUCACAGGUGACAUCCACGCCACCGAGCGCCUGGACCGGGAGCAGAAAACCUUCUACACGCUGCGGGCACAGGCCCGGGACCGGCAGACAGACCAGCUGCUGGAGCCCGAGUCAGAGUUCAUCAUCAAGGUGCAGGACAUCAACGACAGCGAGCCACGCUUCCUGGAGGGGCCCUACAUCGGCAGCGUGGCGGAGCUGUCCCCCAUCGGCACCUCUGUGAUGCAGGUGAUGGCCUCCGAUGCCGACGACCCCACCUACGGGAGCAGUGCCCGGGUAGUCUACAGUGUGCUGGAGGGGGAGCAGCACUUCACUGUGGACAGCAAAACAGGUGUGAUCCGGACAGCCGUGGCAGACCUGGACCGCGAGACACAGGACCGCUAUGAGGUGGUGAUCCGUGCAACAGACAUGGCAGGACAGCUGGGUGGCCUGUCUGGCUCCACCACGGUCACCAUCGUGGUCACUGAUGUCAACGACAACCCACCACGCUUCCCUCAGAAGAUGUAUCAGUUCAGCAUUGUUGAGACGGCCCCCGUGGGCACUGCCAUCGGGAGGGUGAAGGCAGAGGACUCUGACGUCGGAGAGAACACGGACAUGACAUAUCAAGUGAAGGAUGAGGAGGGGGUGGAGAUGUUCAAAGUCACCACGGACAGCAAUACCCAAGAGGCUGUCAUCACGGUACAGAAGCCUCUUGACUACGAGUCAAAAAGAGUGCACACUGUCGUGGUGGAGGCCCUCAACAAGUUCGUGGACCCGCGGUUCGUGGACCUGGGCACCUUUCGGGACCAGACCAUUGUUCGAGUCUCAGUGCUGGACGUCGAUGAGCCCCCCGAGUUCCGGCCCCCCUCCAACCUGAUGGAGGUCCAGGAGGAUGCACAUGUUGGAUCUAUCGUGGGGGUGGUCACUGCCCUGGACCCGGACACAGCAAACCACCCUGUCCGGUACGCCAUCGACCGCAGCACGGAUGCCGAGAGGAUCUUUGACAUUGACGCCAAAACAGGGGCUAUUGUGACAGGAAAGGUGCUGGACCGGGAGACAGCAGGGUGGCACAACAUCACUGUCCUGGCGAUGGAAGCAGAUAACCAUUCCCAGGUGUCCAGGGCCUCUCUCCGGAUCCGGAUCCUGGAUGUCAAUGACAAUCCACCUGAGCUUGCCACCCCCUAUGAAGCCUCUGUGUGUGAGGAUGCCAAGCCAGGCCAGCUGAUCCAGACAAUCAGCGUUGUGGACCGGGAUGAGCCUCAGAGCGGCCAUCGUUUCUACUUCACAUUGGCACCUGAAGCCACCAACAACCACCACUUCUCUUUGCUGGAUAUCCAGGACAACACGGCAGCGGUGCACACGCAGAGAGUGGGCUUCAAUCGCCAGGAGCAGGAUGUGUACCUGCUCCCCAUCCUGGUGGUGGACAGCGGCCCCCCAGCCCUGAGCAGCACAGGGACUCUGACCAUCCGUGUCUGCGGCUGUGACAGCACCGGGGCCAUCCAGUCCUGUAACAGCACAGCCUACGUCGUGUCAGCCACGCUGAGCCCCGGCGCCCUCAUCGCGCUGCUGGUCUGUGUCCUCAUUCUGGUUGUGCUGGUCCUUCUGAUCCUCACGCUGAAGCGACACCACAAAAGCCACCUGACCUCUGAGGAUGACGAGGACAUGAGGGACAAUGUCAUCAAAUACAACGAUGAAGGGGGUGGUGAGCAGGACACAGAGGCCUAUGACAUGUCAGCCCUGCGCAGCCUCUACGACUUCAGUGAGAUCAAAGCUGGUGAUGGAGGUGGGGGGCCAGGAGAGGGGGGCCCAGGCAGAAACCCAGCCUCGGAGCUCCAUGCCCUCCCACAGUGGGUGCAGAGCCCAGACCUGGACUUCUCUGUGUUCAGAGACUAUAUCUGCAGGAAGGUGGAGCAGGCAGACGAGGACCUCUCUGUGCCGCCCUAUGACUCAUUCCAGACCUAUGCCUUCGAGGGCUCGGACUCCCCAGUGCCCUCCCUGAGCUCCAUCAACACCUGGUCCAGCGGCUCGGAGCAGGACUUCUCCUACCUGGGGGGCUGGGGGCCACGAUUCCGGCAGCUGGCAGCGCUGUACGUGGGGCGCAGGGGCGAGGAGGACGGCGAGGAGUCCUAGCUGCCCCUCCAACCCCGUGGGCUCCAGACACCUCCUGGACUGGGGCUCCAGGCCGUGCCACAUGGGAAUCGUGUGCUCCUGGCCGGACUCCACGGCUGCCGGCCAGAGGCUGCACCGCGGGCACCGGGCCACUGCUCCUCUGCAGCUGCCUUUGGCUCGGGUGGGCUCCACACUCACGUGGGGAGCCUGGGGAGCCCAGAGGAGCCACCGGGCUGUCCUCAUCUCCUCAAAGCCAGUCUCCAUUAAAGCACUACGCAUUGACUUAAGAAGGAGAAAAUCUAAUUCAAGAGGGUUUGGAGAGGGUUUCUCCCCCACAAAUUAUAAUUUAAAUAGAUCUGUUCGGUGAUCCCUAUCCAGGAGAGGAAGAGCAAACCGGGAGCCUUUUGUUGUCUAAAUUGUUUUUGUCACUUGAGUCAGAGCAUUUAAAGAGCUUUGAUUUCUUUAAGAGCUUUCCUUGCUGAGGGAAACAAGCUUUUAACUUCUGUUCAGAUUUUUCCCUCCUAAGUUUACGUGCUUUUUGAAGUCUUCCUUCUCGCUGCUCCCCGUGGGCCUCUCGGUAGCCCCUGGCUGCGGGCAUGGUGUUGGAGGGAGGAUGCCAGGCUGGGAUCACAUCCUGCACAGAACGGCCGCUCUCCUCAAACCAGGUUUCCCUUCCGUGCUGCAAUCACUUCACCCCUGUAUUGUGGUCACAGAGGUGCUGGUGAUGUGAAGGGGAUCCCCAACACUCCCUGCACAGCAGACAUUGUCUGUGAAGUCCUGGUGUGCCCCACAGCCCAGUGACAGACAGGGAUGUCCCACCUGUCACCGAGGCGCGAUGUGCCCUGGGCCACAGAGCAGCUGUGCUGCUGGGGAAUUCCAUCAGAGCAUUCUGGGGGGCCCAGAGCAGCACCCCCAGGUGGGAUCUGCCAGCCCCUCACACAGGACCUGGGGUUUGUAGGGCUCUCAGCCAGGCACUGGCUGUCACCAAAUGGUGUGAGCUGCACAGGGCAGCAGGCAGGGUGUCAGUGCUCCCUGGCCCACUGUGGCUGGGGGAGAGCUGCAUCCCAUGGAGGACUUUGCUGCAGGGUGAGGGAGAACCCUGGACUGCUGGCUGGGAAGAAUAAUUCCUGCUUGCACCUAGCUGACAGCAGAGCAUCACCAUUAGCAACAGAACAGCCAUCCCCAGGAGAUGUUUGUGAGGCCAGAACCUGCUGGCACAGCUCUGGGGCCGAGCUGGCUGCAGGUUGGGCAGCACGUCUCUGACACCUCGGGGUACCCAGGCUCUCCCCACCCCAGCACAGUAUCACACAGCAAACCAGCAUGAGCUCCCAGCGGGACUGCUUUUGCAUGCAAUUCCUGGGUUUGGGAGGUAGGUGAUGAGGAUGCCAGUGGGAUGUGCCAUUGCUCUUCAGGCUGCAGAUGAUGCUGGAAAAAAGCACUGGGUGCCCAGUGCCUUCCCAGCCUGCCAACUACCACAGGGAAAACUGAACAGCCUGUAGAGUGAUGUCCUUGCACAGCACCUCAGGCCAUCCUGGCUGGUGCAGCUCUUUAUCUGUUCAUGUUGGGAAAAAAUCAAUUAUAUCAUUGAUAGGUAACUGAUACAGUCUCCCAAGGCCUGACACAUCCUGGGCUGCCAAUGACAAACAUUGGGUUUGUCCUUUUUAGUUUAACCACAGACACUGUUUUCUCUCCUUGGAGAAGGUUUAACUGUAAAUGUACAUGCGUGUCCAUUUUUUUACUGCGUGUUGCUUCCCGGCUGCUGGCGUUGGUCCUUUGGCUGCAGCACGAGACCCGGCAGCGGAGAGGGACAGGACCUGUCUUUGCCACGGUGCCUGCCCUCAGCUGCUCCUGCCCACUGCCACCACGGCCCCUGUGCAAAGCCCCAGCUUGGCUGAUACCGGGACCAGGAGCCCCUGGAGGGACCAGGGUCCCUCUGAGGAGGCGAUGGUGCUGUGGCUGGCACCUGUGCCCAGCGUGCUGCUGGUUCACUGUGAUGAUGCUGGGGAGGCAGCAGGGCCCUCGAGUGCCAGCUCUGGCCACGCUGUCUCAAGCACGUGGCACCCCGCACCUCCCAGCAGGAGAACAGAGAAAGCCCUCUCUUUCCUCAGGAAUGUGUUCGUGUUUUCCCUCUGGGCUGCAGAGCUGUGCCCGAGCCCCUCUGGCACUGGCCCUUCCUCUAGCCAAGUGUUGUGCAAUAGCAGGGCUCUGUCCUAGGAGAUGGGGUCUGACAGGGUACGUGUUUAGCAACCCUCCCAGCGGGUUCUCCCCCAUCCCUGACCACCCCUGCCCAGCCCGUGCUCCCCGGCGCGCAUGCACGCACGCUUGCGUUUUACUUUCUGUCCCACGUGUAAAUACGGGAGGAGCGUGGUACCGAGUGGUCCAGUGCCGAUAGAUCCCGUGCUGAACGAUCCAGUACCGAGGGAUCCGGUACCGAGCGAUCCGGCCCCGCCGCGCUGCCCGCACCCCCUGCCCGCCCCCGCAGGAGGAGCUGGCAGCUGCCACCAUGUCUGAUGGAGUCACUUUGGUUUUGUUUCUCUACCCAGAUGAAAUUAGAAGGUUGAUUUCCUCACCCUUGUUAUUUUUUCAAGGUCUUUCUGGGACCUGGAAAUAAAUUAUUUCCUUGUCGUCUAGCC